UUUUAGAUUUAGAGGAACAUCUUCUCAUUGUGACUGAAGUUUUCUUCCAAUGUUCCAUUUUGUUGUCGUUCUUCCACUCAGAGCUUUUCUUUCUCCUCCAGGUUUGACCAAAGCAGUCGGAAUACUGCCAGAUGAUCCUCUGACUGCAACUGUGGGAGACACAGUGACAUUCAGCACAACACUGAAUCCAUCACAGACACAGAUUACAUACAUCAACUGGAUCAAGGAUUCUGAUUUUGUAGUAAUAUAUGGUGGUGGAGGAACCAUUCCAGGUCCAGGUUAUGAAGGCAGAAUCACCCUCUUUCCAAACAGUGCAGCUCUGGAGCUCAGGAGUGUGACUUUGAAGGACAGUGGGGUUUAUUAUAUUGACAUAGAUAACAAUGGAACACGGCAUGUAGACAGUAGAACAUUGGAUGUUUACGUCAGAGUGUCUGAUGUCGUGGCUGUUUCAAACGCCACACAGCUGGUGGAGUUCAGCAGCUCCGUCAGUCUGACCUGCACCUCCUCUGGCUCCGCCCUCUCUUUCCUCUGGCUGAACGUCACCUCAGAGGUCACAGACAGUGACAGAGUUCAGAUCACUGAUGGAGGGUCCACUCUCAUCAUCACCACUGUGACCCGCUACGACCACAGACCGUUCACGUGUCACGUGUCCAAUCCCGUCAGUAACGGCUCCAGCAAUCAACUAAAGUUGUCCAUCAGCUGUGAGUUACUAACGUGCACGCUCACACUCCACAUGUGA